GGGGUGUUAGCAGUGGGGAAACACUCUUUUCACGCCACUUCGAUAGUGACUUCUUCGUAGCAGGUUAGAAUUUACGCUGCAGGUUAGGAGAACGAAUUUAGCAUGUUAGGAAACUGGAGAAGGUGAUAUCGUAAAGCAGAAAGUGUCGUAAACCAGGUGCAGAGGAGGGAGGGAGGGAGGUGGAGUGGAGAGAGGAGUGGGGUACGGGGGGAGGCGGCGAGAGAGGAGGUGACUCGCCCCGGCAGGCAUUAUUCAGACAGAGCGAAAGGAUCAUGGCGGAUGGCCCCAGGUGUAAGCGCAGAAAACAGGCGAACCCGAAGAGGAAUAACGUAACAAAUUACAACAAUGUUGUGGAGGGCCAGUCAGACUCUGAUGAUGAGGACAAGCUACACAUAGUGGAGGAAGACCCUGAUGGUGACAGCACGGUGCCAGAAGACGCCUCAGUAGUAUUAACCCAGAACGGUACAGAGACUCACCAAGACACCUGGGAUGGAGUGAAGGAGGACUGUGGCUCUGAAGAGGAGGAUGAGGAGGAAGGGGAAGAGGGGGAGGAGGGGGGUAAGGAUGCCCUGGUAGAGGAGAUGCUACAGUUGGGGGAUACAGCGGUCAUCUACCCCGAAGCUCCAGAGGACGAGCAGAAGAGCAUGCCUGAGAGACGGGUCCCAGACGAGAAUGGCACGCCAGACGCUCUUUCCCAGCUCCUGACCUGCCCGUACUGCUCGCGGGGCUACAAACGCUGCACUGCCCUGAAGGAGCACAUCAAGCUGCGCCACGAGAAGAGUGAGGACAACUUCAGCUGCUCCCAGUGCAGCUACACCUUCGCCUACCGCACACAGCUGGACCGUCAUAUGACCCAACACAAGACUCAACACAAGGAACCUGUACAGCGCCACAUGCCCCAAACCACGACAACAACAGGGGGGAAUAGGAAGUUCAUGUGUACAGAGUGUUCCAAGGCGUUUAAAUACAAGCACCACCUGAAGGAGCACCUGCGUAUUCACAGCGGAGAGAAGCCAUACGAGUGCCACAAUUGUAAGAAGCGAUUUUCCCACUCCGGGUCCUACAGCUCCCACAUCAGCAGUAAGAAGUGUGUUGGCAUGGUGCCUGUCAACGGUACCCCCCGACCAGUCAUGAAGGCCUCCCAGACCCCCACCACCCAGAACCAGCUUUCCGGCACUGCCCCCGUAGCCCCUACCCGACUGCUCCUCCGGGGGGAGAAGACAGAUGGCAAGCCCCUUCAGGAGCAGCUCCCCGUCAACCAGAUCAAAUCAGAGCCGGUGGAAUAUGAGUACAAGCCGGUGGCAGUGGGGCCUAACGGGGCAGCAGGGACUAACGGGACAGUGUUUACCGGUGGCAUGGCGGUACCCCAGGGCACGGUCCAAGCGGUGGUACUGCCCACCGUUGGUUUGAUGUCUCCUAUAAGUAUUAAUCUCAGCGACCUGCAGAACGUACUCAAGGUGGCCAUGGAUGGGAACGUGUUUCGCCAGGUGCUGGGGACGGCCAACGGGCUGGUGACGUCCAAGCAGGGGGUGGUGGGGCAGGCUGGGCAGCAGGUCAUCUCAGCCAUCAGCCUCCCUGGCUUCGUGGACCAAGACGGAACCACCAAGAUCAUUAUUAACUACACCCUGGAGCCCAGCUUGGCCCAACAGCCCAGCGCACCUCAGCUCCUCAAGAAGGAACCUCUCCCUGCCCCCACCACCACAAACACACAGCCAGCCUCCAAAGUAACAGAGAAACUCAUCCAGGACCUCAGCAUCAUCAAGACCGAGCAGCCCGACUCUGAGUCUGAGAAGGAGAUGGAGAAAGAGGAGGCUCAGACCGAGGCAGAGCAGAGUAAGGAGGGUGAAACACCAAAGGCCCAGACAGGCAAGACAACAUGUCUGCUGUGUGAUGACUGUCCUGGUGGUUUGGAUGCACUACACAUGCUCCAGCACUGUAAACCUACCAAUGGGGAGGGGGGUGACGGCAGCCCCCUGGACCCCUCUAUCGCCGCCCUGCUGGCAGAAGCAGGGAUAACACCAGGCCAGCCCCCUCUGAAGAACCUGCUCUCCCUCCUCAAGGCCUACUUUGCCUUAAACGCAGAGCCCACCGAGGAAGAGCUGACCAAGAUCUCUGACAACGUCAGCUUGCCCGUGGACAUAGUCAAGAAAUGGUUUGAGAAGAUGCAGUCCGGUCAGAUUACUGUCGAGCCCCCUGGUUCCUUUUCCCCUCUACCUUCAACAGGUCCUAGCACAGAGACCCAGGCGGCCCAAGAGAAGAGCGGAGAGCAGACAGAGGAGCAACUCGCCUCGGCCCAAACCCAGGAGACAUCAUCUUCCCAACCUCCCAACAGUUCCCCUGCCUCGACCUCCGCCUCCCCCUUGGUCUCAGCCUCGGCUCCCUCACCACUAAACCUCUCCUCCAGCGGCCGGGUCAUCGUGAAAACGGAGGAGGACUCAGAGGGCGAGUCUCAAGAUCUUCCCCUGGACCUGUCCCUUCCCAAGCAGCCCCAAUCAGAGCCCCAGGUCCCCCAUGUCCCCCAGGAGCAACCCCUCAACCUCACCUGUUUGAAGAAGGAAACGUCCCAUCCCCAGCUCCAGGCCCAGCUCCAACCCCAGCUCCCAGGGUUCCAAACCCAGCUCCAGUCCCAGCUCCAACCCCAGCUCCAAGCCCAGAUCCAGGCCCAGCUCCAACCCCAGCUCCAGGCCCAGCUCCAACCCCAGCUCCAGACCCAGCUCCCAGGAUUCCAAACCCAGCUCCAGGCUCAGGGAACCACCAACACCAUCUACGUCACUUCCCCCCCGCAGAUGGCCACCUCCAGCCCGGUUAACAUCAUGACCACCCAGCUAGUAGCCAUCACCAACCAGGGCAGCGGUGUGCCCUGUCUCAGGGCCAUCUCCACUGGCACCACCAAACGGACUAUCCUCAUCCCCCAGCUUACCUACACAUACACCACUAAAGCAGGCAGCAACGCCACUGGGGCCGACGGAGCCCAGAAGACCGUCAUACUCAACGGCUGCCAGGAGGAGGAGAAGGCUGACACCAGUUCAGAGAGCGUGUCGGCGGUAGAGGAGCAGAAUGACUCGGACUCAGCCCCUCCACAGAAGAAGAUGCGUCGGCUGGAGAGUGGCAUGUAUGCCUGUGACCUAUGUGACAAGAUCUUCCAGAAGAGCAGCUCCCUGCUCAGGCAUAAAUACGAACACACAGGAAAACGUCCACACGAGUGUGGCAUCUGCAACAAAGCCUUCAAACACAAGCACCACUUGAUAGAGCACACGCGUCUGCACUCCGGAGAGAAGCCCUACCGGUGUGACAAGUGUGGCAAGUGUUUCUCCCACUCGGGCUCCUACUCCCAGCACAUGAACCACCGAUACUCAUACUGCAAGAAGGAGCCCCAAGGAGAUCAUCAGGUGGGGCAUCGGCUCAGGAUGACCCCCGAAAUGAGCUCCCAAGCAGAGGAGCAGCAGUCAGAUAGCCGGCCCACCUCCCCUCCCUCCCAACUGGACUCAGACGAGAGGGAGAGUGAGGAGGAGCUGGAGGAAGAGGAAGGAGAGGAGGAAGGCAUGGAAGCCAUGAGCAUGGACGACAUACGGGUGGUGCAGGUGGGCGAGGAUGAUGAAGAGAGUGAAAUCUACGAGGAGGAGGAAGAAGGGAGCAGAGAGGAGGAGGCACAGCAGGAAGAGGAGGAGGGACAGCAGGAAGAGGAGGAGGCACAGCAGGAAGAGGAGGAGGCACAGCAGGAAGAGGAGGAGGAAGAAGGGAGCAGAGAGGAGGAGGCACAGCAGGAAGAGGAGGAGGGACAGCAGGAAAAUAAGGAGGAAGGGAGGAGAGAGGAAGAGAAGUAUGUACAGCAGGAGCAGGUGUGUGAGGAAGAGGAGGAAGGGAGAAGAGAGGAGGAGGAAGAAGGGAGGAGAGAGGAGGAGGCACACCAGAAGGAGGGGGAGGAAGAGGAAUGGAGGAGAGAGGAAGAGAGCAGAGAGGAGUCUGUACAGCAGGAGAAAGAUGUGUAUGAGGAAGAGGAGGAGGAGGAGAUGGAGGUACAGGUGAUGGGAGAUGGGGAGGGGGAGGAAGGAGAGGCAGAGAAGGAAACUGUGGUAACAGAGAAGGCUAAGGAAACAGAGGACAAAGAACUGCAUGUGGACAAGGAGAACAUUACAGAAACAUUAGAAAAUGGACAGAAAGAAACAGAGGAAAACAAGAUGAACAGUGAAUGAAAAAUACAUUUUGUGUUGAAAAUGUCAAAUAGCAGGACAGGAAAAUAUUGUCUUGUUGUCAAAAGAAGAAACAAAACAAACAUGGCUGCCAUGUUGAUGCUGUGUUGUCGGUCCACUACUGUGUUCAAACCCAGGUGUGCCUGAACUAGACAAAAAAGAAGUGACUUUUAUUUGUGGAAAAAAAUCAGUGUUACUUAGACCUUGUUUAUAGAAGUAUUAUACAUUUGAAAAGAAGGAAGAAGAAAAACACCCAUGGACAUUUGUUACUGAGAGUGAGACAUCCGAUCCCAGGUCAUUUCUGUUCGUCAGUGUUAUUACUCAUUUUGCAGCUCAUGUUUUAACCUUUUAACCUGUACAGUUGAAGAAAGAUUUCUAUACCUUUUUAUUGCCAAAUGAUGGUGUUUGCUAAAAUCAGUAUUUUAUUGAGUUGUAAAAAAACAAAACAUCUGCACUACAGUAUUCCUGGUUUACCUAUGGAUAAAACAUGCCUCAUGAUGUGUUGUUCACCCUUUAGUAUGAUUAUGUACACACUAGCUAUAGAUCUUCUUUAUGUUAGCUAACCUUAGCAUAGCAUUUUGUUUUAAGUUGGAUUGUUAGCCUUAAGAAGAAAAGAGGAUUCUGGGCUAUGGGUGGGAAGGGGUUAGCCUGAGUUCUGAGUGUUUGUUCUAUCAUGUUAACUCCUUGUCACUCAUUGUCUUGCCAUGUUUGGCUUGUCAAGGACAGCAAUGGAAUUGGCAAGAGCACAAACAGAUCUGGGACCAGGCUAGGGAGAGUGAGAGGGUGAGAGGGUGGGGAUGAUGAUGUGGCAUCUGAUGCCAUAACCAAACUGUCCUAUCAGGGAAGGUGUCACAACCUCAAAUCCAGCAUUCUUACCAUGCUCCUCCUUGGUCGCGCCCCAAUAAUCUCUCCUUCCUGAAGUGUGAACUUGUUUACUACUCCCCACAAAUUGAAAAGCAUUGGAUUGGUGUAGGCAUGGGCUAAACUACAAGAAGUUUCCACAAUAUUUGGUAUACUAGUCAUUUCCUUUCAAAUCCAUGAAGGGAAGAGAACAAGUGCGCACGUUUGGAGAAAGGUUUGAUUAUUGGGACACCCCUUGUUUUCGGUUAGGUUAGUUGUUAAUCAAUGAUCAUCAGUGUUAUAGGGUCAUAUGAAGCAGGAGGGGGGCAGUUCUGCAUUGUACCCCACCCCAAUGCCUCCAGCCUUAUGCAAGACCAGUCCUGUGUGCUGUAAGUGCCAUUGAACAGUGUUAUUUUUACUUCACGGAUGUAGCCAGUACAUCUUUCAAUCUGCGCAAGGCCCAUAUUGAAUAAUGUUUGUUUACUUGCUUGGACACAUUUUUUUGUUAAAUAGUGCUUCAUCCCAAAUGGCACCAUAUUCCCUAUUGGUGCACUAUAGGGCUCUGGUCCAAAGUACUAUACUAUGUAGGGAAAAAGUGGCCAUUUGGGACGCGGACAAUAGCACGAAUAAGGAAUCUUUCAUGUGACAAAGUGACAAAGAGUAUAAGAUGGAUGGGAAAGGUUUUUACUGUGUUUAAGGGGAUUUUCCUGUGUUGGAGCGUCAGCCAUUAUUAGUUGAGUGCACUUGUUUUAAAAAAUGGUGGCAAACUAACCCUCACUUCAGGUAACAAAUGUUAGUGAAUAUGGUCCCUGUGUUUUAUGACGUGUUUCAGUUGAUUUGACCUAACAGUGUUACUUCAUUAUUUUUCAGUUUGGCUUUAGUAUUUUUCAUGUGUGCAUUUGGCAGUAUUAGUACCCUUGUCACUGAUGAAAGUGUACCUAUUUAGUUUUUAGAGGACUUUUUAUAUUUAUGUGUCUUAUUUUUAUAUUUCUUUAUGGUUAUUUAUUACACACAUUGUAGUGUACAAUACUGUAGUUUGAAUUGAUACAAUAAUAAUAUAUUUUAGUAUGAAAAAUGAUUUGAAGGUCAAUGAAUCCAGAGCGGUCAGAAGUACAGCUCUAGGAGUCAUGAAGUUUGUUUUCAAAAAAGCAACCUGAAGUAUUACGUCAACAUGAUGUCUGUUUAAGCUGUAAAAAAAGAACAAGAAAAGACACAAAUGAAGAGAGAAAUGAGAAGUGUUCCAUGUGCAUCCAUCAUCAGACGAGUUGGUUAGACUGACCUUGUCCUUAAUUUGAUAUGAAUCUACUGAAAACUAACUGUGUGACUAAAUGCAUGAGUCCUCGCUGUUGUUAUGAAGAUAUACGUAACUCCCUUUUUUUGUCAACAUACUCUUUUUCUUUCAGUUUUGUGCCAAUUUGUUACAUUGCUGUUAUAUGUCAGAGGCUACUCUUUGUUUUAUACAUUUCCUGUUUAAUCUGUCUGUUUUUAUAGUUGUUUUUUUAUGACCCCACCAUCACAAUAAAAUACAAGAAAGCA